AUGAGUUAUGCCUCCAAUUUCACAUGUAAAAGUGGCAUUCUGAUUCCCGCUUUGGACGUCACCCCACGCAAUGCGAUCCUGUACUUGGCCGCCCUUCUGUACUGUUUCCUCGGUGAGUCACUCCCUUCUCUCUCCUUCUCCGUAUUUUCUGUUUUCUGUUCAGGCAUCGCCAUCGCAGCUGACAUUUUCAUGUGUGCAAUCGAGCAGAUCACGAGUGCGACGAGGAAAGUGAAAAAGCAGAAAGAUAGUGGUCGAUUGGUGGCUAAGGAAGACGAGGUCGACGAGCAGUUCGAUUAUGUCCGCAUCUGGAAUCCGACCGUCGCCAAUCUCACCCUCAUGGCCCUCGGUUCCUCUGCUCCGGAGAUUCUGCUCUCGAUCAUCGAAAUCGUUGGAAACGGCUUUAAAGCAGGCGAUUUAGGGCCUGGCACGAUCGUCGGAUCGGCUGCUUUCAACCUUUUCUGCAUCUCUGCCAUCUGCGUGCUGGCUGUUGGCUCACAAACGAAACGAAUCGAACUGUACAGAGUGUUCGUCGUGACCGCAUUCUUCGGCACUUUUGCCUACAUUUGGGUCUUCCUUGUUCUAAUUGUGAUCACUCCGAAUGUGGUGGACGUCUGGGAAGCACUUCUCACGCUUCUCUUUUUCGUCGUCCUCGUCGGUGUUUCCUACUCGGUCGAUGCCGAAGUUUGGAAGAAAAAGAGGUCAGAUCUGCAGGAAGAGCUCGAAAUGGCCCACGAAGAAGGCGAGAAAGACGAGAAGCCAGAGAGAUUGAACGAUGAAAUCAAGAAGUGGGCGAGCACUUUGAGCCUUCAAAACGAAGAUAAUGCCGUCGUCGUUGACUCCACUCCGUCCGUUGAUACUGUCAGAAAAUGGACGAGGACGAUUUCACAGACUUAUCCUUCGCUUUCGGAGGAAGAUCAGGCAAAGCUGUUGGCGUAUCGAGUAUCCAGAACUAUGGUGAGUACGAAUUUGGCAUCAUCUCGAUUAUUUUUAUUUUCAGUCUCAUGACCGCCUCUACUACCGUAUCCGAGCAAUCCGACAACUUUCUUCGUCGUGGCGAAGAAGCGAAGAAGAGGAGAUGCAAAAGAUUGAUAGCCAGGACAGUACCGACUCCGGAGCAAGAAGUUGGCUCUGUCUUUCCAGUUUUCAUUCCACACCGAUUUCAUUUCAGAAAAGACGUUCGUGGAGUUCUCAGCCCGAGUUUACCGAGUCGAUCCCUCGGAUGAAACAGUGUCCGUCAAGGUAAUUCAGACUUUGCCUGCAUCACAACAAUUGGCUGCUCACAUGAAAUCAUAAUCUGUUUGUGCUGCUGAGAUUAGCGAAUUUCGACGAAAAAACGUGGUGUUAAACAUGGCAAAUUAUGGGAUUAGGUCCACAGAGAUUAGGGCGACGGAUGGAUGGGAUGAGAGUUGAAAGACUGAUGCUUGCAGAUUGUGCGGAAAGGAAACAUGGACUCUCGGUUCACCGUCAGCUAUGCGACUGUGAACGGACUCGCGAAGAAGGACCUGAACUUUCUGUUCAAAUCGGAGACACUCCAGUUCAAUCCGGGAGAGUUGCACAAAACGGUAAAAGAACAAAUAAAGGAGAGGAUUAAGCGAUCAUCCCUUUCAGAUUUCUAUUCAAUUGAUAUCUGCCAGCAACUGGAGACCGAAUGAUGUUUUCUAUGUUCAUCUGAAACUUCAAGAGGAGGAGGAUGAUGCGAAAAUAAGACUGGGCUCGUGCAAUGUGGCCAGAGUCAAAAUGCCAGAUGAGUCCGGAAUGAUGUUGGGAGGGUCUGUGGUCGAGUUUGUGAAACCAAACUACGUGAGUGCCUGGAACGGCCGAGAUGGCAAAAAUGAAAAAGUAAUUGCAGGUUGUGAAAGAGAAUGCCGGAAAUGCCAGGUCUUAUGUGACGAGAAGAGGCGGUAAACUGAAAGAACACCUGAGAGUGCACUACGAAACAGAAGACGUCACUGCGAGACAAGGAGAAGAUUACACGGCAGUGAAGGACGGAGUGGUCACGUUCGAGGGACAAGAGUACGAGAAGUACAUCGAUGUGCAGAUCAUCGAUGACAAGGAGGACGAAAAGGACGAGGCGUUCAUUAUCGAACUGACCAAGGUGGACGAGCCGGACGUGGCGAUUGGAACGAGAAGAAAGGCAACCGUGACAAUCAUUUCGGAUGAUAACGUUCUCAAGAAUAUUACAAAUGUGCACAAACUGAUGUCCCACUACAUGCGUCAAUUGAGACCGGGCAAGGCCACGUGGAAGGAGCAGAUCUUGAAUGCGGUAUCCGUGAAUGCGGGAGAUCUAGCCAAUGCGACCGUCUCCGACUGUGUCCUCCAUGCUCUCGCUUUCCCAUGGAAGUUCGCAUUCGCCUUCCUCCCACCACCAAGCAUCCUCUAUGGUUACCCAUGCUUUUUGGUCGCUCUCGUAGCCAUUGGACUCGUGACAGCCGUCGUUGGAGACGUCGCCUCGAUCUUUGGAUGUAUGGUUGGACUCAAAGACGCCGUGACUGCCAUCACUCUCGUUGCUCUCGGAACCUCUCUUCCGGAUACUUUUGCUUCCAAAAUUGCCGCCGAAAGUGUAUGAUCAUUCCCCUUUUGGACCUCUUCAUAAUCUUCGUUACAGGAUGACUCUGCCGACAACGCAGUCGGAAAUGUGACCGGCUCGAAUUCUGUGAACGUCUUCCUCGGACUCGGUCUUCCCUGGGUCAUCGCCUCUCUCUACUGGGCCUCAAAGGGGGAGUCGUUCCGUGUGGACGCGGGAGACCUCGGGUUCAGGUGAGUGACCACAUAGCCGCCUACAUACAUCUCAAUUUCCUGUUAGUUGAUGGAGUAUGACGACUAUGUGAAAACUGAUAUCUGUGUGACAUCCGCACGUGCUUACAGCGUGACCGUCUUCAUGAUCUGCUCCGUCUUCUUCCUCAUCGUGCUCGUUCUCCGAAGGAAGCUGUCUCUCUUUGGAAAAGGAGAACUGGGCGGUCCAUUCGGGCCCAAGGUUCUAUCCGGAGUGUUCUUCGUCUGCCUCUGGAUUGCUUACGUAGCGUUGUCCAUCUGGAAAAUGUACAAAAGUACUAACUAG